AUGAAUACUACUAAUUUUGUUUCGAAAUAUUUCAAUACUAUUUAUCAAUAUAUAGCAUCUCCAGCUGGACAUUUAAUAUUCGGAGAUCGUAUUGAAAGUACAAUAGUUGGGUUUUGUUUAUUUAUUGUUGCUGUUCUACUUUAUUAUCUUAUUCGUCGAUCUCAAGCUAAAGUUCGAUCUAAUGAAACUCUUAAUCGAUUUCGAAAACGUGAUAAAGUACUUCAUUAUGGAAAACGAAUUCUUCGAACAGUACGAUCAUACUCAUCAACAGCUAAAAAUCGAAUUCGACGUAAAGCAAGACGAUUUCAUCAACGAUCUCCAUCAGAGUUAGGCUAUUCAGGACCACGUAAACCUCCUGAGUUUUUACUUGAUACUGAUGGUGAUCCAGUCGAUACAUCAAAUCAACAUCAAAUACCACCUGAAAUACUUUAUUUAUUAAAAAGUGUUAAAGUUUUUGGUCAUUUUGAACGACCAGUUUUUCUUGCACUGUGCAAAUCUUUAGAAAGUAAAACACUUGUUGCUGGUUCUUAUCUUUUUCGUAUUGGAGAUGUUGAUGAUAGUUUAUAUGUUGUACAAAAAGGACUUUUACAUGUAUUUAUAACAGAUGAAAGACAUCAUCGACAUUUAAUUAAAGAAUGUGUUGAAGGUGAUACAGUUUUUUCUCUAUUAAGUAUGGUUGAUGUUAUGACUGGUCAUAGUAAACCAUUUAAAACUGUUAGUUGCAAAGCAAUUGAAGAUAGUAUUGUGCUCAAAUUACCUGCUUCAGCUUUUCUUGGUGUUUUUAAAGAAUAUCCUGAAUGUAUGGUUCGAAUUAUUCAAAUGCUGAUGAUACGACUUCAACGUGUAACAUUUCUUGCUCUUCAUGAUUAUUUGGGUUUAACAACUGAAUUAACUGCUGUUGGUCAUCAUCAAUCUCAACCACUUGUUAGAACUCAAAGUAAUCCUCAUCGUCAGCAUCCUAAACUUAAUCGUCAACACGCUCAUGUUCAACCAAAGACUCUUCCUCCAGUAAUAAGAGCUUCUACUGAUACAUUAAAUACUACUGAAGAUGAUUUUACUGACAAUGCUAAUGGUCGAUUAUCACGAUCAAUUUCAACUGUAUCUUAUACGUCACCCUCAUCGGAUCAAACUGAAACAACAGUAACACCGGAAAUAGCUGAACAUCAGAAUGAGUUUGAAAGUAUUCCAAUACCAACAAUAGCUGAACGAACAAAAUCUAUACCAAUGCCAUUACACAAGCGUUCAACUACUUUUGCUGGUCUACGAUCAAUGAGUGUUGUUGAAAGUCGUCAUAUGAAACCUGAUUUUGAAGAAGCAGCAGCACGUGCUCGAGUAAAAAAUUCUUUAGAUACAACAUUUUUUGAAAAACAUAAAAUAAGUUAUCCAAAUGUACCAAGUAAUCGAGCAGCAAAUGCAUUUGCUUCAAAUCGACGUGCAAGUUUUUCUGAUCCUGAUUAUAUACCUCCAUAUCCAAGAUCAGCAGGUUCUGGUAGUGAUAGUGAAGGAAGUGAAUAUAAUGAACGUGCUGAUGAUUCAAAUCUACAAGCUGAUUGGCCAAAUAUUCGAGAAGCUUUAGCAAAAGCUCUUGGUUUUGAAGGAGAUAUUACAUUACUUGAUGAUAAAGCUCAUAUACAUCGUUUACCUGAUAGAUAUACAUUAGCAAAAGAAGGUGAACAAUUGAAUAAAUUAUAUUUUGUUAUACAUGGUUCCAUAGCUGCUUAUAUGAAAGAAAUAAGUGAAGCUAAAAAAGAACGUGUAAUGUUUACUAACGAAGCAAAUGAAGUUAGUGGCCUUGUCAGUGUUCUUACUGGUGAACCAACAUUGUUUACAUAUCGAACUCAUGGUUUGACAGAUAUUUGUACAAUAACGAAAGAAGGCAUGUAUGAUCUUUUGCGUAUUCAACCAAACCUUGUAUUAACAAUAGCAUCGGUGAUGGUCCAACGAAUGUCUCCAUUAGUUCGACAAAUUGAUUUUGCUCUUGAAUGGAUGUUAGUUGAAGCUGGAAAAGCUUUAUAUCGACAAGAUUAUAAACCACAAAAUGUUUAUAUUGUUCUCAAUGGUCGUGUUCGAAGUGUUUUAUUAGCACAAGAUAAAAAACGACGAGAACUUAUUGGUGAACAUGGCCGUGGAGAAAUGGUUGGUCUUAUUGAAGUAUUAAUGGAGAUGCCUCGACAAUCAACUACCAUUGCUGUUCGGGAUACAGAAUUAGCUGUAAUUCCAUCUGGACUUUUAAAUUAUAUCAAAUGGCGUCAUCCACGUGUUGUUUCCCAUUUAAUUCAUGUAUUAUCACAAAAAAUCUAUGGAACUAUGCAAAAUACAUUAACAAAUAGUGUUGGUUUAACAAUGCCAUUAGCUGAUGAUGAAUUUCAAGAUCGAACAACAGCAUUAAAUAAAAAUUUGUCAACUGUUGCCAUUGUUGCUGCAUCAUAUGACGUCCCACUUGAUUCAUUUACUUGUGAACUUGUACAUAGUUUAUUAGCUAUUGGUCCAACACUUCAUUUAACACAACAAUUAAUUAUUGAUCGUUUUGGUGAUAGUGCAUUUGAAAGUAUUAAUGAUUAUCGUCUAAGUGCAUGGCUUGGUCAACAAGAAGAAGUACAUAAAAUUGUUGUUUAUCAAUGCGAUAAACAAUUAACACCAUGGACAAAACGAUCACUUCGACAAGCUGAUUGUAUACUUAUUGUUGGUAUUGGAUGGAAAGAACCAGUUAAAGGCUCAGUUGAAACUGAAAUGGAACGAAUAGCAGUUCGAGCACAAAAAGAAUUAAUUCUUUUACAUCGUAUGGGUAGUACAAAACCCAAAGGUACUGCUGAAUGGUUAAAAGAACGUAAUUGGUGUACAUUCCAUCAUCAUGUUCGAUGUCCCGAUCGUGUUUUUCAACAUGUCAAUUUAGAAUGUUGGAACGAUUAUACAGAUUUACUUGAACCAGAUCCAGAUCCAACAACAGAUUUUGCUCGUAUGUCUCGAUUUUUAACUGGUACAGCUAUUGGUCUUGUUUUGGGUGGUGGUGGAGCACGAGGUUGUGCACAUGUUGGAAUAAUUCAAGCUAUGCAAGAAGCUGGUAUACCAAUUGAUUUAAUUGGUGGUACAAGUAUUGGAGCACUUAUGGGAGCAAUAUGGGCUGAUGAAUUAAAUACCAAAGGUUUCAUUGACCGAGCUCGGGAAUGGUGCAAAAAAAUGACCUCUUUUUGGAGAAAAAUAAUUGAUUUAACAUAUCCAAUAACCAGCAUGUUCACAGGAGCUGGAUUUAAUGAAACUAUUGAAGAAGCUUUACUCGAUGUACAAAUCGAAGAUCUCUGGAUUCCAUUUUUUUGUAUUACAACUGAUAUAUCAGCAUCAAAGAUGCGUGUACAUACUUCAGGAAGUGCUUGGCGUUAUGUACGUGCAUCAAUGACUUAUGCUUUUUAUCUUCCGCCUAUGUGUGAUCCGAAUGAUGGACAUCUUCUUUUAGAUGGGUGCUAUAUGAACAAUCUUCCUGGAUCAUUGUGGCGGUAUGUGAGAGCAUCAAUGAGUCUUUCAGGUUAUUUUCCUCCAUUAUGUGAUCCAAAUGAUGGACAUUUAUUACUUGAUGGCGGAUAUGUAAAUAAUUUGCCGGCUGAUGUGAUGUAUAAACUCGGUGCGCAUACCGUUCUUGCUGUGGAUGUUGGUGCACAAGAUGAACAGAAUUUUUAUAAUUUUGGUGAUCAACUUUCCGGUUGGUGGAUUUUAUAUAAACGUUGGAAUAUUUGGUCAACUCCUGUUAAAGUACCUGAAUUAAGUGAAAUUCAAACUCGUCUUGCUUAUGUAUCAUGUCAAAGACAAUUAGAAAUAGUAAAAAAUUCUAAUUAUUGUGAAUAUCUACGUCCGCCCAUUGAUCGUUAUCAAACAUUACAUUUUAAUUUAUUUGAUGAAAUUCGAGAUGUUGGUUAUCAUCAUGGAAAAGCUGUUUUUCAUGGUUGGUCAAAAUUAGAAUCAUAUGAUACAGUUUUUCUGAAACAAAAAUUUAAGACAAUGAGAGAAAAACAAUCACGAUUACGUAAACAAGAAUCAACUGCAACAAAAUUUAUUGAUCUAGCAGAAUUAAUUACUCGUGUACGUGAUCCACCUAAAGGUGUAGAUGAUGAUGACGACGAUGAAGACGAUGAUGAUGAUGAUGAUGAUAUUGAAACAACAAAUACUGAAGAUUCUCAUACUUCAAUAUCAAGUAAUAUAAAACCUCGUAGAAGAAAAGUGUCACAUACAAAUAAUCGAUGGCUUAGCCAUAUUAGUGGUGGUGGUUUAAAACGUACUAGAAGACGUGUUCGUUUACGUUCUCGUCCUGAAACACCUACUAUGGUUCUUCACGACGAUAGUCGACGAACAUCAACAACAGUCAAUCCUAAUGAUGAAAAUCAAUAA